GUGCACACAGGCAGGGGUGGGGGCACAUGGGGUCCCUUUGUCCUGGGCCCAAAGCGCAGUGAGCCUUGUAGGGCCGCAUCCCAGUGCCGUAAGGGAUGGGGGCACGUGGGGAGCAGUGGCAUGUGGGGGCUGUGCCUGUGGGUCCCUUUGUCCUGGGGCUGCAGCACGGCAUCCCCUAUAGGGCCACGUCCCAGUGCUGUAAGGGAUGGGGGCACACGGGGGAUGUGUCCAUUAUGGGGCUGCAUCCCAGUGCCACUGGGGAUGGUGACACAGGGGGACAGCGGGAUGUGUCCGUAGGUCCCUUUGUCCUGGGUCUGGGGCACAGCAUCCCUUACAGGACCGCAUCCCAGUGGGACGUUGGGGUCCCUUUGUCCCCAGGCUGGGGCUCAGCAUCACUUAUGUGACCACAGUUUGCACCCUCCCUGCAUCCCCAUCACACCGGGCUCAGGUGAUGGCAGCAGGUGAUGGGAAACGCCUUCCCUCCCCCAUCACAUCCCCAACCCCAUACGGGACAGAUGGCGAUGCAAUGGGACAGCAGCAUCCCUCACCCCCCGUGACCCCAAAGAUGCGCUUGAGGUGGGCGCAGGACCCCACGGAUGCUCUGCACGCCCCUCAGAGCCCCCCCACACCUCCAUCCCGCCGGGAAAUUUGGGAUAACACAGGGAAAGGGCUGGAAAAGGGCCGGAAUGGCACGAGGGCACAGAGCAGGAUGGGGCCGAUGCGCGGGAGGAAGGGAGGCAGCGCAGGGCCGUGUGCUCAGCAAUAGGAAAUGCUUUAUGAGCCGAGAGCGGUGGAGCAGAGCCAGGCAGGAAGAGGCAGUGAGGAGGAACAGUUUUUGGUGACUUCUCCCACAUCCCGAACGCAGAGAGCUCGCAGUGGGGCCGGGACGGGGCUGAGCCUUGUGGGGGGCACAGAGGUGACCCUAUGAGGAUCUGUGGGGUGUGGGGUAACGCUGCCGGCAUCCCCGGCUGAGCGCGGCGUUGGGAUGCAGCAUCCGGAGCUGGGAAUCGUCCCCAGAUGUUGUAGGAAAAUGCCCCCCAGAGCCCACGCUGGGGCCGUGCUGGUGCUGCUGAGCCUCUCUCUCGGCCUCGCCGCAGAUGAGCUGCAAUGCGCGUGCGACGUGCCACACUGUCCCGUGCCCACCUGCACCGGCAAGGUGUGCUUUGCCAGCAAGAGGAGGGAGGCAGGGAGGAUCACCCAGCACAAAGGCUGCUUCUCGGACCACCUGCUGGAGAAUUGCCAGUCCUACGUGACGGAGCACUUUGGCACCCGGUGCUGCAACACCAGCAUGUGCAACAUCGAGCUGGAGGUCUCCCUGAAAGGAGAAAAUGCCACGGGACAGUCUCCUUCCCUCUCCAACCUCCUCCUGCUGAUCUUCAUCCCGCUGCUGACCCUCCUCGUCCUCAUGGCGCUCACCAUCCUCUUCCUCUGGAAGCUGGCCCAGCACCGCCGCAAGAGGCUGCUCCUCUUCAAGCACAGCGACCUGGGGGACACGGACCUGAUGCUGAAGGCAUCCAUGGUGGGAGACAGCACGCUGGAGGAUUUGCUGAAUGAUGACUGCACCACGGGCAGUGGGUCAGGGCUGCCCUUCCUUGUCCAGCGCACGGUGGCCCGGCAGAUCUCCCUCGUGGAGUGCGUGGGCAAAGGGCGUUAUGGUGAGGUGUGGCGAGGUGUGUGGCACGGGGAGAACGUGGCCGUCAAGAUCUUCUCCUCCCGGGAUGAGCAGUCGUGGUUCCGUGAGACCGAGAUCUACAACACCGUGCUGCUGCGGCAUGACAACAUCCUGGGCUUCAUCGCCUCCGAUAUGACCUCGAGGAACUCCAGCACCCAGCUGUGGCUCAUCACCCACUACCACGAGAACGGCUCGCUCUACGACUACCUGCAGAGGACAACCCUGGACGUGGAGACCUGCCUGGGGUUGGCAGCCUCCAUCAUCUGCGGCCUCGUCCACCUCCACGUGGAGAUCUUUGGCACGCAGGGCAAACCUGCUAUUGCUCACCGUGACCUGAAGAGCAGGAACAUCCUGGUGAAAAGCAACCGGCAGUGCUGCAUCGCCGAUCUGGGUCUGGCCGUCAUGCACUCUCAGGGCAGCGACUACCUGGACAUGGGCCACAACCCCCGCGUGGGCACGAAGCGCUACAUGGCCCCGGAGGUGCUGAGCGAGCAGAUCCGCACCGACUGCUUCGAAUCCUACAAGAAAACAGACAUCUGGGCGUACGGCUUGGUGCUGUGGGAGAUCACCCGGCGCACGGCCGUCAAUGGUGAGCGCAGCCUCCAUCCCUCCAUCCCUCCUCCUCCUCCUCCUCUUUUUUUUUUUUUCCGCUUUUCCCCUCGCCCGGCAGAUUAGCCGUAAAUUAUAAACACUGUAAUCUGGUGUCAGCACCCGGCUGGCUGAUUAAAGGGCCCAUUAGGCUCAAUCAGAGCUUUGUUUGCUCGCUGCUGAUUAGCAAACAAGCAGCAUCCAGAGCGGCUGGCAGCUCUCCAAAGGGGGACCUCGUGGCCACGGGGACGACAUCGGGGUCCCUACGGAGGUCCCCUCAUCCCAACCUCUGCCGUUCAGCACCAAAGCCCAUUAGUGGUGUUAAUUAAUGGAUGGGUGUCGGAAGCAGAAGGGCCCCCCGGCGCAGUCUGGUUGGGAUAAUCCCACUGAUCGCCCCGGGUUCCUUUGGAGUCAGUGUUUGAAUUAGUGGGGCCGUGAGCAUGGGGUGACCGCCACCCCCCACUUUAAACCCCCAUGGGGACCCCAGGCAUUGCUGGGGAGCGGGGGUGGGGCUGGGGGGCAACGGGACCCCUGAGGGUGUGGGGUGGGGGAGACGGGGGGUUAAACCCAAAGUGUACGGACAGAUGGAGGCGCUAAGAGGGAUUAGUGGGGCCAGCUGGUGGGGUCGGCUGGGAGAGGGGCUGGGGGCGGCUCUGGAGACCCCUGAACCAUCCCUGUGAGGUCCCAUAGUGCACCCCGACAUGGGGCAGGACACCCACCCCACAACCACCCCAAUAGGACCCAUAGUGCAGCAGAGCUGUGCACCCCAUACACCUACAUCAGGAUGGAGUCUCUGGCCCCCAGACCACCCGAGUGAGACCCCAUAGAGCAGCACCCCACAGGCCUUCCUAUAGGACUGGAGCCCCUGUGCCCCCAGACCACCCCAAUGAGACCCCAUAGCACACUCCAACAUAGGACUGGAGCCCCUGUGCCCCCAAACCAUCCCAUUAAAGACCCAUAGAGCAGCAGAGCUGUGCUCCCCAUACACCCUUAUAUAGGAUUGGAGCCCCCAUGUCCCUCAGACCACCCCAAUGAGACCCCAUAGUGCAUCCCAGCAUGGGGCUGGAGCCCAUGUCCACCAAUCCAUCCCACUGAGAUCCCAUAGAGCAGCACCUCACAGGCUUUCCUAUAGGACUGGAGCCCCCAUGCCCCCAAACCACCCCAA